UCAGGGAGUCGCGCCAAGGAGGGGAAGCGGCUUUCUCCCGGCCUUCUGGGCGGUCUGGCUCGGCCCGGCAGUUAACUGCAGCUGCAGCCCCCGCCCAGCGCCCCUCUCCCCUCUCCUCCCGCCUCCCGCCUCUGGCGGCCAGUCCCGCAGCUCUGGGGCACUGGGACUGAGCAAAGGUCCCGGCGGGCUGGCCCUCCCUCCGCCCUCCCCGAGCGUCCGCCCCCGGCCGGCCCAGCGCAGGAUCCUCCGACUCGGCGGGCGCGUGGCGCGCGGCUGCCUGGGACCCAGCGGCUGGCGCGCGGGUAAUCUGGAGCUUUCAAAAUGUUUGCCAAAGCAACAAAGAAUUUUCUUAGAGAAGUUGAUGCUGAUGGUGACCUGAUUGCAGUAUCAAAUUUGAAUGACUCUGAUAAGUUACAGCUUCUAAGUCUGGUGACAAAAAAGAAGAGAUUCUGGUGCUGGCAGAGGCCCAAGUACCAGUUUUUAUCCAUCACCCUUGGCGAUGUACUCAAAGAAGACCAAUUUCCAAGUCCAGUGGUUGUGGAGUCAGACUUUGUAAAAUAUGAGAGCAAGUUUGCAAACCAUGUGAGCGGAACCCUGGAUACCGCACUGGGGAAGGUCAAGCUGAACGUGGGGGGCAGCAGCCGUGUAGAGAGCCAGUCUUCAUUUGGAACCCUGAGGAAGCAGGAGGUGGACUUGCAGCAGCUCAUCAGAGACUCUGCUGAGAGAACAAUAAAUCUGAGAAACCCUGUGCUCCAGCAGGUGCUGGAGGAAAGGAAUGAGGUCCUGUGCGUUUUGACACAGAAGAUCACGACGAUGCAGAAGUGUGUGAUCUCUGAGCACACGCAGGUCGAGGAGAAGUGUGGCGGCAUGGUGGGCAUCCAGACCAAGACAGUGCAGGUGUCAGCGACGGAGGACGGGAACGUCAUGAAGGACUCCAACGUGGUGCUGGAGAUCCCAGCUGCCACCACCAUUGCCUACGGUGUCAUUGAGUUGUAUGUGAAACUGGACGGCCGUUUCGAAUUCUGCCUUCUCCAAGGGAAGGAAAGUGGCUUCGAGAACAAGAGGAGAAUUGACUCUGUCUACCUGGACCCCCUGGCCUUUCGAGAGUUUGCAUUCAUAGACAUGCCAGAUGCUGGGCAUGGGAUAUCUUCCCAGGAUGGGCCAUUAAGUGUUUUAAAGCAAGCGACCCCGCUUCUGGAGAGGAAUUUCCAUCCCUUUGUGGAGCUGCCAGAGCCACAACAGACAGCUUUGAGCGACAUCUUCCAGGCGGUCCUGUUUGAUAAUGAACUACUCAUGGUCCUGGAACCAGUGUGUGAUGACGUGGUCAGCGGCCUCUCGCCCCCACUGGUGGUGCUUGGGGAGCUGAUGCCCCGGCAGCAGCAGGACGUCAUGGCCUUCCUGCAGCUGGUGGGGUGCAGCUUACAGGGUGAGCGUCCAGGCCCUGAGGAUGCGGGCAGCAAGCGGCUCUUUACGACGGCCUACUUCUUGGUCAGUGCCCUUGCAGAAAUGCCAGAUAAUGCAGCAGCUCUGUUGGGCACGUGCUACAAACUCCAAAUCAUUCCCACACUGUGCCACUUGCUUCGUGCUUUGUCUGAUGAUGGAGUAUCUGAUCUUGAAGACCCAACUUUGGCUCCCCUGAAAGAUACAGAAAGGUUUGGGAUUGUGCAGCGCUUGUUUGCCUCAGCUGACAUUACCCUGGAGAGACUGAAGUCAUCUGUGAAAGCCGUCAUUCUGAAGGACUCUGAAAUCUUCCCACUGCUUCUUUGUAUAACCCUGAAUGGACUCUGUGCUUUAGGCAGAGAACAUUCAUGAUGUCACAUAUGAACUAUUUUAAUGAAUGUUAACAUUCAUUAAAGAAUGAAUGAAGAAUGAAGCAAAUAACCCUUUCAUCACCACUACUAAAAAUAAGACUCGUCAUGGAAAUACUUAUAGAGGCUAUAAAGUGGCAUAGAGUGGCAACUGCUAUUCAUAAAUGUCUUAUAUACAAACUGGAAAGGAAUAUGCAAAAGUGAAAGCAGUUGUGCUAAAAGGGUGGCACUCUACCUACCUUUUUGUCCGGUUUUCUAAGUACAAAUAAACUGCAAACAGAAGAUGUAAUAUGAAUUUACUUAUGUAAAACGAUGGAUGUAAACAUGUAAAACAUGUUAUCAAUAUGCACGGAGAUUUUCAUUUAAAGAGUUCACAUGUAAUCUAAUGGUGGCUCCUUUAGGGAGAGAGCGACUUAGAGGUUGGGAGAAGAGGCAGAGAAGAUUUUUUAUCUUUCUGUUCAUGCUAGAAUUCUGUAUGUCUUAUCCUCCAAAUCAAAAACCAGAUGAAAAUGAAAGACUUAAGAUUGAAAGAUACCAUCCCAGCAAGCACCGAAAGUCUGGGUUAUGUCACACAGUAAACUCGGGGAUCUCGCUGUUGCACAACGUCUCCAAAACCAGCCAGUUGACAUGCUGGAUUGUUUUAAGAACUAGCUAUUAAAAAGAAGGUAGCUUUAUGCUACUACAGUUGUUCCCAGCCUCCGGUUACUGCCAGGCAUCUUGGCAUACACCUGUACAGAUGUGGGCGUGGGCUAGUGUGCUUACAGUGAGAUGGAAUUGGGCCUCCAAAGGUUUCUUCUAACUAGAUAUCUCCAUCUUCCUCACUAAAUCUUUUUUUAAAAGUGUCACUAUUCACUGACACCAAAACCAACUGCAACAAAAGGAAAAAUUGACAAGUGGGAUCUAAUUAAGAGCUUCUCCACAGCAAAAGAAACUAUGAACAGAGUAAAGAGCCUACAGAAUGGGAGAAAAUAUUUGCAGACUAUGCAUCUGACAAAGGUCUAAUACUCAGCAUCUAUAAGGAACUUAAAUUUACAAGAGAAAAGCAAGCUCCCUUCAUUAAAAAGAAGUGGGCAAAGGACAUGAACAGACACUUCUCAAAAGACAUGUGGGUGGCCAACAAGCAUAUGUAGAAUAGCUCAAUAUCACUGAUCAUUAGAGAAAUGCAAAUCAAAACCACAAUGAGAUACCAUCUCACAUCAGUCAGAAUGGCUAUUAAAAAGUCAAAAACUAUCAGAUGCUGGUAAGGUUGCAGAGAAAAGGGAACACUCAUACCUUGUUGGUGGGAGUGCAUAUUAGUUCAACCACUAUGGAAAGCAGUAUGAGAUUCAUCAAAGAGCUAAAAGCAGAACUACCAUUUGACCCACAAUCCCAUUACUGGGUAUAUACCCAGAGGAAUAGAAAUCAUUCUACCAUAAAGACAUGCAUGCAAAUGUCCACUGCAGCACUAUUCACAAUAGCAAAGACACUGAAUCAACCUAAAUGCCUGUCAAUGAUGGACUGGAUAAAGAAAAUGUAAUAUAUAUACACCAUGAAAUACUAUGCAGCCAUUAAAAAUGGGAUGUUUUUUGCAGGAAAGUGGAUGGAGCUGGAGGCCAUUAUCCUUAGCAAACUAAUGCAAAAACAGAAAACCAAAUACUGCAUGUUCUCACUUCUAAGUGGGUCUAUUUGAGUGGGGAGGGUGGGAGGAGGGAGAGGAGGAGAAAAGAUUAACUUUUGGGCUCAGUACCUGGAUGAUGAAAUAAUUUGUACAAUAAACCUCUAUGACAUGUUCACCUAUGUAACAAAACCUUCACAUGUAUCCCCAAACCUAAAAGUUAAAAAAAGCUAACAGUAAAAUUAAAAAAAUAUUACCAAAGCUAAUCAGAUAUUCUCCAUUAUCUCUAAACCUUAGUUCUACCUAUAAAUGAAAUACAUUUUUCUAAGAGUAUUUAUUUCUUUAUAUAUAUAAAAAUAUCUUACCAGGAAUAUGUAAUCUCGUGGAUUAGACAUUUCAAUUAUUUUUGUUUUGGACAGCACAUGGAAUUAUGUGAAAAGGUUUAUAGGGUCAGUUUCUGAAAAAUCAAUACUUAAUUGAAUUGCAGGAAAAUUUUAUUUAUACAACAACAGCAAUAAUGUUUCUUUUAUACAGAAACCAGUAAUACAAUUACCUGGAAAGCAGUAGCAAUUAGUUUUUAUUUUUAAACUUCUUAAUCAAAAACUUAAGCAGCUUGUUUGGCUUUGAUUUUCAGAUUGCUAACAAGCAUUCUGCCCUCCUUUUUUUUUUUUUUUUUUUUAAGUUCUCUUCUACAGUCACUUCAAAGACUAGAGGUUAAAAAAAGCAUGCAUCUGUGUUCAAAGAAAAGAUUUACCAAAAUGAACUGGUGGGGGUGGGGGUGGGGGUGGAGGAGGAAUAAAAAAUUCCCACAGCAAGGUUUCACCUCAAAUACUCAUCAUAGGCUCUAACAGAGCUCAACAUAACAUGGAGAAAUUGCACUUUUUACUGAAAGCUAGUGCUCAUUCUUUUACAACACAGUCCAAGAUUCUACCUCUUAAAAAAAAAAAAAAUCAAUGUUACUGGAGAAACAGGAGCCAGUCAGCAGUUCUUUUUAAAAGAGGAUAUAGAGGCAUAAGAAAUAUUUAUAUUGUAUUUCAAAUACAGAUGUAGCUAAGCUUAUGGCUGAAACCUGAUUCUACCUGAAACGAUGGAGGCAUUUCUCAUUUGGACCAUGUUUACCAGGACAAGCUUCAUGUCUUUAAAGCAAUGUUACUUACAUUACUGUCCACCUCUCCUAUUCAAGGGUAAGAUGAAAACCACACAUAACUGGUAAUGACUUCUGGCUUAACAUUGGUAAUUUACAGCUGAUGAGUUUCUACAUACAUCAGAUGAGUAUACUUGUUUCCUGUUUAAGCCUUCCUCCAAGCUCCCAGGACACUUUGAUAGGAGGAGAGCCAAAUUUCAUAUAUGGCCUGUCAUAUUUAUACAUGUUCCUACUCCUGGCUUGCUGUUGGCUGAAGUACAAUAAAGACAUCUAAUUUUAA